GCUUUCUCCCUCACAUGCUGACGCUCUGUCUCUGUCUGUCUCUGUCUGUGUGAACCGUGAACCGUGAAAUUCCAGCUUCCAAGUCAAGGGGACGGCGAUCGACCGAUGAGGAGCUCAGCCAUGGAUCCUCUCAUCUGGCACAAAGUCGCCGGUCUUUGCGGAGUAGCUGCUCUGGGGCUGGGCACGUACGGCGCGCAUGUCUUCAGGCCCAAGAAUCCCGCCUACAAAGAGGUUUGGCAGACGGCGUCGUUGUACCAUCUAGUUCACACUGCGGCUCUUGUUGCUGCCCCCCUCACCAAACGCCCCAGCAUUUUUGGAGGCAUGUUGACUGCUGGAAUUAUUUUAUUCUCUGGGUCGUGUUACACUGCAGCAUUUCUCGAGGACCGAAAGUACUCCACCUUAGCUCCGGUUGGUGGGUUUUUGUUCAUUGGUGCUUGGGCAAGCUUGCUGUUUUAAGACCUGAACAAACUCAAGGACUACAAAUGUUACACAUGUAUCAUGUAGUAUCCCCCUUAAAACUACCUGCUUGCUCUCUACAUUAUUAUCAUUGUGAAACAGGGUGCUCUUAUGGCCAUUGUCAUGUAUGUAUUUGUGGAGGACGACUAGAGAGGAACCAGAAAUUGUAUGUGCAAUGCAAUAUAUGUCUCAGCUUGUCUGUUCUCUUGCAAUAUAAUGAAUAAGAUUACACCAAAAGUAAGACCAGAUGACUGGCUUUAAUUGGUUUUCAUGA